AUGGAGAAGUUCAUUUCAGGUUGGUGCGACAUUAAUUCCGUUCCAGAAUCUUAUAUUUUACCACCGGAGAUCAGACCGGGCAAUUACGUGGUUCCUCAAUGCGACACCAUUCCAUUAAUCGAUCUUGGAGGAGGUCUUCUCGGUAAUUGUGAUCGAGUUAAAGUAGUUCAGCAAAUUGUUAAAGCUAGUCAAGAAUAUGGAUUCUUUCAGACAAAGAAAGGUUCUGCUCUGAUGACCCGAAACAAAGUUGCCGACUAUCCACAAGCAUUGACUAUUUUCAGGAAAAAGUACACUACUGGAGAGACAACUUGCGACAUCAAUGCCAUCCUAUUGAGGAACACAUCCAUUUUUGGCCCCAAAAGCCUUCUCAUUAUCGGUAAGCAUAAUUCUGCUCUUCCUAGGCCUUGUUGCAAUCGAAAAAAAGUGGUUGGGAAGUAUUCAGUCGAGGUUAGGAAGUUGAGCUUGUUGCUUUUGGAUCUAAUAUGCGAAGCAUUGGGACUUGAAUGUGGAUAUUUUAGUGAGAAUGCUCUAAGCCAAGUUCAAUUGAUGAGCAUUAAUCACUACCCACCAUGCCCAGACCCGAGUUUAACCCUGGGAUUGCCUAAACAUAGUGAUGUUAACCUCUUUAACAUCUUGCUCCAAGGAGAAGUACCUGGGCUUCAAGUCUUGAAGGAUGGGAAUUGGCUUGCUGUUGAGCCUCUUCCUACUGCAUUUGCUAUCACCAUUGGUUAUAUGUUACAGGUGAUAAGUAACGGGAAGCUCAAGAGUGUUGAUCAUAGGGUGGUCACUAAUUCAAAGGUUGCACGAACAACGGUUGGCACCUGCAUCUUCCCUUCCUCUGAUAGCCGCAUCGUACCUGCAAAAGCACUGGUUGACAACUGCCAUCCUCCACUCUAUAAAAGUUUCAUAUUCAAAGAUUUUAGUGACACCUAUAUCUCUGAUAUUAGGAAUGGAAUACCACCAACUGAGCGUUAUAAGCUCCAGCCUUGA